AUGCCCAUCAAUAGGCUUAAUAGCGGCUACAGCGGCUAUUUGUCUGGCCAGUCUGAAUCAAGCGAGCACUUGCAAGUCCGCAGCGAUACCUUCUACGGCAGAUUAGGCUCCGUAAGAGACACUGGGCAUGCAACAACCCCCACAAGGAGAAAGUCCUUUUCUCAGCAAUCUUCCCUUCGGCGGAUCAGUGUGCGGCUUUCCUACGAUGAGGACGCAUACCCUGGAGGGCUUGACAUUGACAUGUUCGCACUUCUUUACGAUACGUCCUGCACCUUCGUUGAUUGCAUUUUCUACAAACAUCCUGAGGAUGCAAGCGGCAGUUUCUCGCUAAACCAAAAGACGAACUCCCUAGCUAUCGAUUUGGAAUCUGUGCCGGACUCCUGCCACACUAUUGUCUUGGCCGCCGCUGUGUACACUACGGGAAUGUCUAUCACAGAGCUUGAUGGCGGCAUAAUAGAGAUAUUCGAGGGAUUUAUGGGCCCAACCUUAAUUUCGAUUGAGCUCCAAUCCCUAGAUUUGAAUGGUGAAAACGGCAGCGAUGCGGCGGGCUUCGUAUUUCUUGCACUUUCGGAGUUUGGGGGGAAGUGGCGAUGCCGCCGACUUGAGCGAUUUUGUAAACCUGAACUCCCUGUUCUUAUGAAGGUCUCGAAGGAGGAGUCCCAGCAACUAGAAGAGGAUUUCGCAAUGGGAAAUCUCCAAAACCUGCGAACAUUGGACUUCGCCGCGAAAAGGAUGGAGGUGCAAAAUCGAGGAAGGCAGGCGUGUGAGCAGCAUUAUUUUUGCAUUUUGCCUCACGAGCAUGAUGAGCAUAUGUGUCUUACAGCUGUGAAGUUACUUGGACACGUGAGUGAAGUAAUAUCUAGCACAGCUUUGCGAUGCAUGUGUGAUCACCUACUUCACAGCGUACAGCGGUACAAUAAUGUCAACAGUUCGUUGACAGUUUGUUGUUUCAGGUGGUCCCGGACUCUGGGAGAGUCACGGAAACCAGCAGGUUUUCACCGAAUACAAGCAAACUCGGCAAACUCGGCGUUUUGCAGAGCAGGCUUUCUUCUCUGGCGAAACAGGAGAAGGAUGAAGGUCAGUGAGAGGGAGAAGGCGGGGUGUGAAGCUGCCCUGCAGCAAUCGAUAAGGAAAUGGGCUCAAGCAUGUGUUAAAGCUUCGAAAUCACGCAUCUCUGCUUACCCUGCUGGAACAGUUUCAUUGCCCUUUAUUGUUAAUAAUUGCCUUUUGCAUAUGCCUUUUUUUGAUCUAGGUGAGAGAAAAACGGUUGCGCGUUUGUCGGCGGUGGAGGCGGAGCAGCAGCGCAUGUCUCGCCGACUGAUGAAUAUAGAAGAUAAGCUUGACAUGCUUCUCGACGCUCUAAAAUAA